AUACAUUGUUAGUUAUAUACAAUAAUUCUUAUGAAUAUAAGCACAGAUGUUAUCAAGAUAGGGUUUAUCUAAUAGGCAUAAUUGAAUAAUGGGUUCCAUGAUUCGUACCUACUGGCCGAGCUUUGCAGUUCCGAAAUGUUUGAUUGAAAAGUUUGCAGUUUACUUAUGUGGGUCUUUUUGGUUGCCCAGUAUAUCUGUGAAGCGUCCAAAUCGACUUAAGUAUGUAAGUAUAUUUAUUCAAUUUCUAUCUAAGUUUUAAUUACGAACAUCUUGAAAGGAUUGAAUAUAAUGGUCGUAGUCUCAGGUUUGGAGUUUUUGUUUUGUUCUUGAUAUGUGGGUGUCAAUCUUCUGUGUCUAAGGUGAGUCUAAGAUAUUGAACUUUAUCUGUUUGAGGAAUUUAGACAUUGUCGAACUACAUGAACAUUUUAUUAUUAGAAAAAAAAAGUCUAUUCUGAAAUUUAUUAAUUCAUAUGUAUGAUUGAUUAGCAAAGAGGUGGAUAUAUAUUUUUAAAUGAAUAAAGAAGACAAAUGAGGAAUAUUAAGGAAUCCUGAAACGAGGUUGGAACCAAUGGUACGAGUUUCUUCUCAUGUAAUUACAUUUCGAUACGCACACGCAUUACGCAUUAUUUUACAAUAUAACUGUGAUUUUCUAUUUACAGUAAAUUGUCCAGUUAUUUCGAAUUUAGCUGCAUGAUCGACAGCUUACAAAUUUAUGGUUGUUCAUUUAUAAGUAAGUUUUAUUAUCAUUAGUGUUAUUCUAUGAUAUCAAAAAUAUUUAUUUUAUAAGACGAAAUCCAUACGUGUCUGUUAAACUAGAUAAAACGAAAGCUUCAUCCGUUCAACUAAUAAAACAUUUCUGUUAUCGAGGCUGAUGAGAACCCAUACCAGAACGGAUGGUACGAACGAUACUUCCUGACCGAAGCCAGACUUCACGGUCAUGGUCUCCUGAGGUUGCAGAUAUCAUCGGAUUGAUCCUGGCUGGAUCAGUACACGCUAUCAACAGCUCGGCAGAGGGCAGCCUCCAUUAUGCUCAUGUUCGCCGAAGGGCUUCCCAUUGGAGAAGGAGUUGCGGUGGAGAGGAAUGUUCUGGCCAUUGUUUGCAGCGGAAUGCUCCAUGCUUAUCCCUAAGGGGAAGACUCUGCGGCUUCCUAUUUAAAUGAAUACGCUCCGAGUUACCGGACUGGCUUUCUAAAUAAUACUCCACGGUUGUUCGAUUCGCAAGCAUCAUCCUUUCGGAAUACCUGUUUUCGCACAAUACUUUAUUAUAAGUGUUAAAAUAUAAGUAUUUAAAUAUCUUAAAAUUAAUGAUAUUUAUUAAAACCCACAAGUUUUGAUAAUACAUCACAUAAAAAAAAAAAUGUUAUGCAUUUUGAACAAG